ACCCUAAGCAUGCAGCUAGAUGCAGAACAGAAUAAUGAGCGGAAAAGACUUAUGUUUAUUUCAAAUGCUAAUCUUUUUUGGCUUAUUAAGUCUUAAAUUACGCCAAAGGGAUAAUUUGUGUGACCUUAAGGUUGGCAUGAUGCAAGCACAGUUGACUUCAUGUGACAAGUCAAAACUGUCUGUCUACAGUGAUGAGCAGCUGUACUGUGCAUGAUCAUCAUUAAAUGUACUUAAUCAGUGCUUAAAUCUAAUUAGUUGUCCACAAACUACAAUUAAUUGUUCAUGUAAUGCCAUUUUUAGUGUGUGCCCCUACUGCCAUCUAACACCGAGGCUCAAAUUAUUCAGAAAAGUUGCUCCAAUAAGUGUGGCGCAGUCUUGAAUACAGAAAAGGCAUCUCCUGUUGUCAUCGCUGUUUUCUUGUGUAGAUUUGUUAGAUAGCACACAUCUGAUGCAGAGGCAUAUCUGCUGCGACCUCUCGCGCACACGCCACGCGCACGCCGAUGGCCUUCGGGCACGCGGGAGGAGAACUUGCACGACACUGACGUCAGAUCCAAGUGUCAGUCGCUUUGUCAGAUGAUGUCCAUAUCUGCUUAUAAGUGAGGAGUCGACCGGGACAUCCGUCAGAUACCCACCAGGCGGAGGAACUCCAGGUCCACGGCGCUCAUCUAAACCAGCAGCGAUGCCUUACUCCAUGUUCCCCUUGUGUGUCCUGGGACUCCUUGCCCUCUCCUCCGCCUGUUACAUCCAGAACUGCCCCCGAGGAGGCAAACGAGCGCUGUCGGAGUCUGGAAUCAGACAGUGCAUGCCAUGUGGCCCUGGGGACAGGGGCCGCUGCUUUGGUCCCAGUAUUUGCUGCGGGGAGGGCCUCGGCUGCCUGCUGGGCUCCCCAGAAACAGCUCACUGCAUGGAGGAGAACUACCUGCUCACCCCCUGCCAGACAGGAGGGAGACCCUGCGGAUCUGAGGGUGGACACUGCGCUGCUUCAGGACUCUGCUGUAACUCAGAGAGCUGCGCGGUGGACUCUGACUGCCUGGGGGAGAACGAGGCCUCGGAACCAGCCCACGGCUCUGCAGGGAGCUCACCUACAGAGCUGCUGCUGCGUCUGCUGCAUGUGGCCACCAGAGGACAGACUGAGUACUGAUACUGUAUCUCCGGAGGUCCCUCUGCUCCUCAGGGCCCAGAGGUGCAACAGAAAUGAACAUCCUCCCUGUUCCACUAUAAGCCUUGAGAA